UGAAUGAAGAAGUAGGAGAGCAGAGGAGACGAGCGAGAGAGGGAGAGAGCCGUUGAGUUGAGAUGGGGAGGCAAAAUCAGAGAAGUUCGGGGCCAUCGAAGGCGGGGGAAGAGCUUCACGCGGCCGCAAGGUCGGGGGACCUGACAGCCGUUCAGAUAAUCCUCGCCUCUAACCCUCUCGCCGUCAACUCCCGCGAUAAGCACUCCCGAACUCCACUACACCUAGCGGCAUGGUCUGGUCACUCACAGGUAGCCACCUAUCUCUGCCAACACAAAGCCGAUGUUGGAGCUUCCGCCAUGGAUGAUAUGGGUGCAAUCCACUUUGCAGCCCAGAAAGGCCACUUGGAGAUCGUGAAAGUGCUCGUGUCCUCUGGGGUCUCUGUGAAAGCUUCAACCCGGAAGGGCUUUACGCCACUGCACUAUGCGGCCCAAGGAGGUCACCUCGAGCUUGCAAAGUACUUGGUGAAGAAAGGUGCGAGUCUGAGCACGGAGAAUAAGGUGGGGAAGACCCCUACUGAUCUGGCUGGCAAUGAAGAAGUGCGGUCCUUCUUGGAGGAGUGCGAGAAAUCACCUGAGAAAGUGGAAAGCCUGAAGGGAAACAAGAAAGCCGAAGAGAAGCCAGUGAGUAAUGAUGGAGAUGAUGCGGGUAGGAGUUCCAAGGAAGACGAGGGGGAGGACGAGGGGGAGAGGUUAAAGAGGAAGGUUGAUGAGGAGGAAACAAAGGAAGCUUCUUUGCCAAAGAAGGUGAAGGUGACACUUAAUCAUCUUAUGAGUGCCGAUGAUACACAAGAAGAAGAGGAGUAGUAAACUUGUAGAUGAUUGUACUCAUAGUAGCCUUGUGCCGCGGACUAACCAGUUAACAGAAUUGUAGGGUUAAAAUUUGAAAGCAUAUGUCCUGUCUUGUCUGAACUAUAAUCUUUUAGAUAGCUGUAAGACAUUUGUAGAGCUGUUUUCCUUCUUUACCUGGUCAUACUAUUGUCCUUUUCGGAUUAUUUUAUAUACCAAAGUUCAUAUUUGAGAAGCUUAUACAACAGGUGAAAUAUGUUCCA